AUGGACCCUGACAUCAGCUCAGUCCUCAGAGAAAUUAAUGAGAAGCUAGGAAGGUUAUGUACCCGAGCCGAUGCCUUAGAAGAAUAUCAAGAUAGGGGUAGCCCUUCCCUAGCCAAUAACCUAAGAGAAAGAAAUGACCACCCACCCUUUGAUCGGAACCACCAACAUAUCAAUGACUAUCCCAGGAAUAGGCAAAACUUUGACAGAAAUCACAAUUGUCCACUAGAUGACUAUCUCAGAGAAAGACCCCAUCACAAUGAAAGAGGUCGUGAUCCUAUAAAUCAACCUCUUAAUGAUCACCGUGACAUCGAUGACCGUAUACUUCGAAGUGUCAGGGUUGAGGCACCCAGCUUCGUAGGCCGCAUGGAUCCUCAUGAGUAUCUUGACUGGGAGUCAGAUAUGAAUCAUUAUUUCGAAUGGUACGACAUGUCUGAAGAGCGAAAAAUUCGAUUUGCAAAAAUGAGGCUUCUCGGUCAAGCCAAAUAUUAUUGGCAGAAUGUCGAACGUCUGAUCCUAAAUAGAAGACAAGAACUCAUCCGAACAUGGGAUGAAAUGAAAGAUAAACUCAGGGAAAAAUACCUUCCCACCUCUUAUCAACAACGACUCCUUGACCAAUGGCAAACCCUGACCCAGGGAAACAAGUCAGUCAUUGAUUACAUCGCUAAAUUUGAUGAAUUCCUCAUGCGGUGUCAUGUCGAUGAAGAUCCCUCUGUCACCCUUUCCCGAUUUCGUGCCGGGUUAAGAAGUGAUAUCCAACGAGAGCUUUUCAUGCGAGAGGUCUAUAGUCUAGAGCAGGCAUAUCAAUUAGCUCAGGAUUAUGAAAGAUUCCCAAGAAUGCCAAUCACUCGACCAAGUGAACCUAGAAACUCGAGUAUACUAGGUCCUAGACCCGAGCCACACCAAGUCCCCAGAACUAAUCCAAAUCCUACCCCAACCACUAGACCUCCAUUAGUUACUCCUCCACCCAGGAAAGAAGACCGAGGCAAAGGCACCCUGAAUGAAGGACGUAAGGAGGGUAGCUCAAGGGAAGACGAAGAAAUUCACAUAACUGAUCCUGAAUUAGCCGAGGGAUUCGAUGAACCAAAUUUCACUGAAGAAACUGAACCUGAAGUUAGGAUAAAUGUACUAAGAUGUACCCUAACACAACCAAAGGAAUGUGAAGAUUGGCGAAGAACUACAAUUUUUCACACCUACAUAAGCAAUGGGAACAAGGUCUGUAAAAUUAUCAUUGAUAGUGGAAGUUGCAUCAACGCAGUUUCCACUGAUACAAUUUCCAAGCUUGGACUAACACCCAUCGACCACCCCAGUCCCUACAAGGUCGCCUGGUUAGACACUUCAUCCAUACCUGUUAGAUACCGCUGCAAGAUACCCAUUAAGUUUCAAUCUUACCAGGAAGAAAUUUGGUGCGACGUUCUUCCUAUGGACGUCGGAAGCAUAAUUUUAGGACGACUUUGGUUAUUCGAUCAAGAUGCCAUGCUUUUUGGUCGGACAAAUACUUGCUCAUUCAUGCACAAAGGCAAGAAAAUCACACUAUACCCUUCACCACCAAAAAAGCCAAAGGAUAGUAACCCAAUAAAACCAAAAGAGGAAAAGCAACCCAAGGGAUUACACUUGAUCAACGCAAAAGAGCUAGAAAGAGACAUCAAAGAAAGCCCUUCUGUGUGGGUUUUAGCUGUUAAAGAAGUUAGUCUGAAAGAAACAAGCCUAAUUCCAGAAGAAAUGACUAGUCUUCUUAAAGAAUUUGAGGAUAUCACCCCAGAGGAUCUUUCUGAUCAACUACCACCUAUGAGGAACAUACAACACGCAAUAGACCUAGUCCCAGGAGCGACCCUACCAAAUUCCCCUCACUAUCGGCUCAACCCUAUCGAACAUGCCGAGUUGAAACGUCAAGUUGAAGAACUCCUAAGAAAAGGAUUCAUUAUAGAAAGUUUAAGCCCAUGUGCCGUACCUGCCCUUUUAACUCCUAAAAAGGAUGGAACUUGGAGAAUGUGCAUUGAUAGUCGGGCAAUCAACAAGAUCACAAUACGAUAUCGAUUUUCGAUUCUCCGACUAGACGACAUGCUAGAUAUGAUCUCUAGAUCAAAUAUAUUCUCUAAAAUUGAUCUUAAGAGUGGCUACCAUCAGGUUAGAAUCAGACCAGGAGACGAGUGGAAGACCGCAUUUAAAACAAAGGAUGGUCUAUAUGAGUGCAAAACAAAGGAGGAACAUCUAGACCACCUCCGGCAAGUUUUCCAGACGCUUAGAUCCGAAAGCCUAUUUAUCAACCUUAAGAUAUGUGAGUUUAUGACUACAUGUGUUACAUUCUUAGGAUUUGUUGUGACUCCAGACGGACUAUCUGUAGAUCCUGAAAAGGGUUUCAGCACAAUCAUGGCACCAAUUACAGACUGUAUUCGUAAGGGAGCCUUUGAGUGGACUAAGGCUAGUAAUCGUGCUUUUGAGGAGAUAAAGACUUUAAUGACCAGUGCACCUGUGUUACGACUUCCUGAUUUCUCUAAAGUCUUUGAAGUCGCAUGUGACGCAUCAGAUUCACAUCGCCGGACAUCUGAUUUAGCUGAAGGUGAUUAUGUUAUGAUACGAAUUAGACCAGAACGAUUUCCUUCUGGAACUGUUAAGAAUUGCAUGCACGAGGAGCAGUAUAAAAAGCCAAUAUCGAUACCCAGUGAGCCAUUUGAGCCUAAUCCUUCCUUUGAGAGUGAACCCUUACCUAAGUGUCCACGGCCAAAAUUUUCCAAGAAACACGAUCGCAUUGAGAGGAUCCUAGACGAGCAGAUUAUUUCUACUAGGAGGAAAGGCUACCAGAGAUACCUAGUUCGUUGGCAUGGUCGGCCAGAGUCUGAUGACACAUGGAUAACCCGAGAGGAACUGCAACAGAUUGAUCCAGACAUUCUUGAGCACUAUCAGAGCCAGACACAACUUCCUUCAACGGAGUUGAAUUUUCUCCAGUCCGGGAGAAUUGGUGGGGACACCAAUGAGCCAGCAUCACUUUGGCUUGACUGCUAG